AUGGCGCAAGCAAGGACAGAACGGGAUCCAGAAAUCCUGGCCAUAGCCAAGACUCUCCACGACGCGCCAUGGUGCGAUGACUUCCAGGACAUGGUGUCAGGAAUGCUAUACAACCCCAACGUCCCACGGCUCCUCGAGGCUAGGCAUCAGGCCCGUUGCAAGGCAUACAAGUACAACAACGUCGACCCGAACCAGUUCAGACAGCAGGAGGCGGCCAGCCUGCGCUCGAAGCUGCUCUCGGAUCUUCUCGGCCGAGUAGGGACUGGCUGUGUCAUUGAGCCACCCUUCCGCCCGGAUUACGGAUGUAAUAUUGUGAUGGGGAAUGAUUGCUUCAUAAACUGGGGACUCACCAUACUCGACACCAGCCUGGUAAUCAUCGGCGACCGUGUCCAGAUCGGCACCGGCGUCAGCAUAAUCACCGCGGGCCACGAGACAAGCGUGCUCUCGAGGAUAAAGUUCGUGGAAUGGGGGAAACCGAUCCGCAUCGAGGACGACUGCUGGAUCGGCGCCAACGCGGUCAUCCUCCCGGGGGUGACCAUCGGAAGGGGCAGCACCAUCGGCGCCGGAGCUAUCGUCAGUCGAGACGUGCCCACUUACUCGGUGGCGGUUGGGAUUCCCGCGCGCGUUGUCAAGAAGCUUCCGACUGUGGAGGAGGAGCUGGCGGACCCGGCGAACGUGUACCGUAACAUGGCCGAUAAUGCUUUCAAGGCUUAA